AUGAGUGGGCAGGGCACUCGACCAGAGCCCGACGCCCGGGACGCACGCUACACCUCCGGAGGGUUGGGAGGUGGCGGGCAGCGUGCUUACGAGGGCUGGUCUUGGCAAGGCCGCCCCUGGUCUGAGGAGUGGGGGCAGCGCGGCUGUCAGCCAGGACCGACGUCGCCAGGGACCAGCACAGGCUGGUACUGGCAGGAUUGCCCCUGGUCUGAGGAGUGGGGGCAAAGCAGUUGGCAACCAGGGUCUGGCGGCUACUGCGGGUCCGUUAGGUACGAGGGCAGCGGGCCCUCUGGACAGGAGCGCGGCGACGACAAGUUCGUGCCCGAAUGGGACGGGAAAGCCGUGCCUCUAAGGACGUACGAGCGGCGCGUGAAGAUCUUCGAGCUGAACACGGCCAUCCUGCCCGAGCGUCGGGGCGGGCGGCUUCUCUCGAGGCUCAAAGGUGACGCUGAAGCCAAAACAGAGAACCUCGACCCUGAGACCCUCGCUAGGCCGGACGGCGUCCGGGUGCUGUUGCGCUAUCUCCAUGAGAAGUACGACCAACAGGAGACGCUGAAGGUCGGCACGCUCGUAGAUGAGUUCGUGGAGAAGGUCAGCCGGAACGCUGGCGAGGAGAUCAUGGACUUCGAGACGCGGUACGAGGCCAAGGUGCGCGAACUCGAGGAGGCGAUGGAGGAGCCGCUCAACAAGCACUUGAAAGCCCACUACUUCCUGAAGAAACUGCGCGUGGGCGGCGACAAGGAGAGCCAGAUCAUCACUGGUGCUGGCAACGAGCUGGUCUACGAGAAACUUCGCGACUCGGCUAAAGCUUGCAUUCCGCGGGUGUCUAUGCUGAGGAAUCGGGCGGCGGCGCCGUUCAACGGAGCCAACCGCGAGUACCUGAACAGGAAUCGCCGGAGGCUCGGUAAACCCUUAGGCAGGGGCGGCGCCCGAAAGGUCCACGCUACCGAAAACGCCGAAGCCGAGGCUGAACGCGAAGGCGCCGAGGCCGAGGGCCCCGGCACGUCCGCCGAGGAGGACGACGACGACGAGGAGACGGACUCGGAGGUCGACGCUGGCGUGGACCCGAAUAUCGCGGAGAACGAGUUGGUCCCUGAGGAGCUCCAGGCGUACCUCACGGAAAACGAGGUGCUCAUGACGCAGGCUAAGAAGGCGCGCGCCGAGGCUGAGAAGGCGCGCGACUUCUACCGUGGACCUGGCGGCAGGGCCAGCGGAGGCCGAGGCGCCGAUUCCGAGCGCAUCCGGAAGCUCAAGCUGACGCUCCCGUGUAAGCGAUGUGGCAGGCUGGGCCACUGGAAGGACGACCCUGAGUGCCCUCGGGCCCCGGGGAAGGCUAGCACGGCUGGUAAGGCGGCCGGUGCGGAAGGCAAGGGCACGUGGGUCGUGGCCCGCGCUGAAGAGCCCGCGGAGCGGGAGAAAGAACCGGCGGAGCCGGCGCACCUGGAUGGAGGCUCAUCCAUCGAGGUCGGCGGCGCCAACAAAGACGGAAAAGGGAAUGCCGGUGCGAAGGGGAAUGCCGGUGCGAAUGUGAAUGGAGGUGCGGCCGGUGCGCAGGAGUUGCGGUGCGAAGUUGAAUGCCGGUGCGAAGGAAACUGCCCGGGCGAAGUCGACAAUGGCGUGAAGAUAACGCGCUUCAGGAGCGAGGAGGAAGAGGAGGCCUUUCCCCUAUGUCUCUCCCCUCCUUCUUCCAACCUCCAAGCCGCCGCGGGACAUCCGAUGUCCGUACUAGUCGCAGAAACGGGCGACGCUGUGUGGCUGAUCGUUGUGGACACGGCGUGUGCUAAGUCCGUGGCGGGGCUCCGGUGGUACCGGCGCUUGGCCGUCUACGUUAGGAAGAACUGGGGCAUCGAGCUCGAGACAGUCACCGAGCGCGAUCCUUACCGGUUCGGACCGGGGAAGACGAUCUACAGCUCCCAAGCGUUGCUGUUGCCCAUGGAAUGGGACGGCAAGGGGGCCGUGAUUAGGAUCAGCUUGGUGGAAGAGGACGUUCCGCCAUUGAUCUCGGGCGGAGCCCUGAAGGCCCUGGAGGCCCAUAUCCACAUGAAGGAGGCCGAGAUCACACUCGGUGCCCUCAGCAAGGCCAGGCACAAGCUCAGGGAGCUGCCGUCGGGGCACCUGGCCAUGGCUGCUGUCAGUUACGGACCUGGGGGGCCAGGAGCGGGCGCACAGGAAGCCGUGAGCCGCUGCCGGGCCGGGGCUGAGAUCGCGCUGUAUGGGCGCGUCCGCGGAUCCCCGUACGAGGCCGUGCGCCGUGCGCUUUACACGGACGGCCGGGCUAGUGUGGCAACUCGGUUGGUACUCAUGGCAUGGAGGGCCUGGUAUCAGGAGUUGUUGGUGGAUUACCUGGAGCGGGAGGUCCUCACCCUCCGCCAGAGGGAGGACACCCCUCGAAGCAUCUGGGAGAUGCGGAAGGCAGAGCUGGUGACGCUGGCCAUGCAGCGACUCGGCUGGCAGAGGGCCCGCGCGGAGGCAGAGACCGUUGGUCAAUUGAGGCUCGUGCUUCGAGAAAAGAAGGACGAGAUCCAAGCGUCGGAAGUGGAGAAAGACGACCCUCGAACAACCUUACCGACGGGCCUCACCAAUGUGAAGUUGGCGCAGCUGCAGGAGGAGGCCGCGGUGCGGCAGAUACCGCUGACACGGUCGAACGGCGCCGACAAAAGACGGGAAGAACUCAUCCGAGACGUCAGGCUGUUCGUGAGCGAAGCCGUCGAGCGGUUCAGCGGCCGCGCGGGGGACGCGCCCGGUGCUGGCAGCCAUGCGAGCACGCAGGCUGCCGGCGGCGGGAAGCAAGGGCGCGGCAGCGCCCGAAACCGACGUUUGAAGGGCCCCACGGCGACGGCAGUGCGCAAGGCAUGCCUGGGCAUCGCCUCGGCAUGGUUGCUUGGGGUAGCCACCUUCGGGACCUGGCUCGAGGAAACUGGCGGCGGGCAGUGGGCCCGUCACCGUUGGGGUACGGACCGCGUGGACGUGGUCGAGUUCUUCGGAGGCGGCAGUGACGUCAGUCGCAUCGGAUCCAAGAAUGGUUGGUGGUGUCUCCGUCCUUGGGACGCGAAAUGCGGAGCCGACCUCGCACAGGAGUCCGAGCAGGCGGAGGCCUUGGGAAUGUUGAGCGAUGUGCGACCGAGGUUGGCUGUGGUGGAGCUCCCUGGCUCCCCAGUCGGCGGCGCCCAACGCGGUACUCACCAGAGCAAUGCCGAUCAGCAGCGACAACGAGCCGAGCGACGACGGCAGCGGUCGCUGAUGGAGUUUACCCGGAAGGUGUUCGAGGUGCAGGCGGAAAAUGGCGGUUGCGCCCUGGUGAGGAAUGAGUCAGCCAUCCACGCGGUGGAGGCCCUCCCUUCGGUUGAGGUAGUCAAGGGCGGCCUGUGUGUGAGAGGAGUCACGGGUCAGCCAGCGUGGUGGGCGACGAACUGCCCUGAGAUCGCAGCGGUGCUGCGGCGAGAGUGUUCCGUGGUGCACGAGCGUCGCUCGGGGGUCAACGACAAGGCCACAUCAAGCACUGGGCGACACUCUUUAGCGCUCGGUGUGCUUCGAGGGCUCAAGCGCCAUCUGACGCGCGUGGAGCCUGAGAGGAUCGGGUGGCGCGGACGGCUCCCGGGAACGCGGCCUUCAGGUCAGGGUCGCAGCGUGCACGAGGGGCGCGCGACGAAACUCGAACCAGGACCAGCAUCUUACCCCACAGGGCUCGGAGAGACCGACAGCGGGAAUGCGAUCCCUCAGGGGAUUACGUUUAAGUUUCCAGACACUCCGAUGGGCAAGUCGCUGGCCCAGGGGAUGACGCCGGAGCUACGUCGGAACCUGCGUCGACUCCACCUCAACACGGGGCACGCGAACCCCGAAGAUUUGGCUAGGUUAGUCGCCAAGGCCGGCGGCUCCGAGGUGGCGGUCGCGGGAGCCAAAGCACUCCGGUGCUCCAGCUGUGCGGAACGCCCGCGAGCGAGGCCCCCGCGGCCCGCACGACUUCGAGAGGACGACUUGUCUUUCAACGAGGUCGUGCAAGCAGACCUGUUCAAGAUUCCCGACCAGUGCGGAACAGGUUGGUGGUUCCUGUUGGUGCAGGACGUGGCGACGGGGUACUGCACGAUCGGGCUGAUCAAUGCGCACAGCAGCGAAGAACUGUGGGGGCAGUACGAGCGUUUGUGGCUCUGCUGGGCGGGGCCACCAGAUCAGUUCGUGACAGACAACGAGCGGGGGCUCGUCAGUGGAAGCUCCGUGGACGCCCUCUCGAGGAGCGGCACCGCGUACGACCCUACCGCGGCGUACGCGCCCUGGCAGAAAGGCAAGGUCGAGCGGAAGAUCCAGGAGGCAAAGAACGUGAUGAAGAAAAACAUCCGGCACGGAGCGUAUUCUGGGAUCGAUGAGAUGCAAGCUCUCGCGUGGGAAACUGCGUCAGCCUUCAACCAUUUCCCUGGGCAGUGCGGCUACAGCCCAUCACUGCUUCUCUUCGGGCAGAAGAUGAAGCUUGUCGGCGAGUGCUGGCACGAGGGCAAAGCGGUGAGCUAUCACCCAUGUGUGGCCGAAGAGGGCGAUCCGCUGGCACGGCGACUCAAGAUACGUGAGCACUGUCAGCAGUCGCUCAUCAAGACGCGCAGUCAAGAGCUCGUGCGGAGGGCCGUGGCCGCGAGGAGUCGCGGCACUCCGGCGGAGUGGAAGGAAGGCGAACGCGUGUUUUUUUUCCGGCCUUACCGCACGGAGCGUGGACGCCGGGUCAACGAGCCGGAGUGGUGCGGACCUGCUCUGGUGUUCGGGAGGCGCAACGACAACGUUUGGGUUCAGUACGGCGGCAAACCGUUUCUGGUUGCGCCAGAACACUUGAGGCCUCUGAGCCCAGAGGAGCAACACCUGGCGGAGGAUGCCGACCUCGCCCGGUUUCUGGACGAGAUUCGACAGGCUAUGAGCCGCGAAGAGUUUGAAGACCUCACUGGCCUGAAUGCCGGACCGGAUGAAUUAGCGGCCGCGGACGGACUCGUUCAGGGGGAAGCCUCCGAGCAGGAGCGGGAAGGCCCUGGGGACGGGGGAGUGGUCGAGGUGGACCCUCCUGCGCCCGGGGGCACCCCCAGGGAGGAGGCCCGAGACGAGGCCCAAGGCAGCGGACUGCCUCGGGGCGUACCGCGCGAACUGGAACGCUUCAUCACCAUGCCAGGCUGGCAUGUGAGUGAUCGGGGCUGCCCGGUGCGGAGCCUCGGUGAGGCCUGGGCCAGAGUUACGCUGGACGCGCGAUUCCCGCUCGAGAAAUGGCCGCUCAGGACGACUUACGAGAAACACGGCGGCGAGUGGCGCUGCACAGAGCAUCGGGUCCGGUGGGCCCAGCUGACGAACCCGAGGGAGCUAUUGCGGCCGGCAGCAGAUCGCAUGCUCGUGGUGUUCGAAGAAGAGAAAAAGCGCCAGCGAGAGCCGACGCUCGCGACAGUCGAAGGACCCGCCGCGGUGCGGCGGACGGGCGAGGCCCCGAGUGGGGCCAGUUACCAGGCUCACCAGGUGAUGACGGCGUAUCACCGCGGGAUGGGGUCCGCACUGCUGGACCGAAAGACUCAAGAUCGCGAGCUUAAGUGGGACGAAAUAGCGCCUAAGGAUCAUGAGGCGUUCCAGGCCGCUGUGGAGAAGGAGUGGGAUUCUUGGCUCCGCUACAAGUGCGCGUCGGUGCUGGAGCCAGAGGCCUCACAGGAAGUGUUGCGGACAGUGGGCCGGAGUCGGAUCCUCGGGAGCGACAUGAAGCUCAAAGACAAAAAUGCCGCCCUAAGGACGCCCGAAAAUGAUCUGCCGCUCAAGGCUAAAGCACGGUUGUGCGUGCAGGGCCAGCACGAUCCCGACGCGAAGCUCGGAACAGUCAAGACGGACGCUCCCACGGUGCAGCGAUCUGGGUUCCACGCCUUCCUGCAGCUAUCGGCGAACAUGGGGUGGCUAUCUCAGUUGGCCAUCGGUAUGCUCAUUGUGCACGUGGACGAUUGCAUGUUAGCCCACGACGGCAGCGCCGAGAUGCGUGCCAAGGAGGCGAGGCUGCGCGAACGUUUUCCUUUCGGGUCUUGGACGGUGGUCGCGCAGCAGGCCGAGGGAGAUGUGUACACCGGUCGUCGGAUCAGAGUGGACGGGUCGUGCGUCGAAGUGGGAAUGCCAGAGUUUGUCGACGGGAGACUUGAGGAGGUGAAGGUCGACCGUCAGGCAAAAGGUGAGGACCCAGUGAGCCCCCUCGCGAAGGCUGAGUUUCAGUCAGCGACGGGGUCGCUCCACUGGCUGGCAAGCCAGUACCGUCUCGACAAAGCCUACGAGACAAACCGGUUUCAGAAAUUGCAAAAGGCGCCCACCUGGUCCGACGCGAGAGAACUCAACAAGUGUAUUCGAGACGUGAAAGCCAGCGGAGGCGCUCGGCUUCGGAUCGCUCCCAUUAAAGGGAGGAUGGGCGUUGGCUGUUGGCACGACUCGUCCCUGUAUGGGAAUGUGAGCGAGCUCAUUGAGGGAAACGAGGACCUCAAACGGUUCGAUCGCCAUAAGGUGAGGUCCCAAGCCGGCGUGGUGGUGGCUGCCAUCGACCUCGACUGCUUGGAGCAGGACGAGCUGCCGAUAUCAAUCCUGGACUGGCGAAGCCGAGCCAGUCAUCGGGUGGUGACGUCGACGUUCUCGGCGGAGACGGCGGCGUGCCUAGAGGGCCACGGGAUGGCCUACUACAUGCGGGCGUUGCUGUGUGAGGCAACCUACGGUUGGAGCGGUACUCCUGUCGUGGAGUACGGUGAGGAUGAAAUGCCUCUCACGCUAUUCACCGACUGUCGUAGUCUGUACGACCACGUGAAGGUCGAAGGGAACAUCCCCGACGAUCGCCGUGCGGACGCGAUGGAUCGCGGCGCGAGUGGUGCCGGCUCCGACGCGGGGCAUCGCAGCGGCCGCCGAGGCAAAGAGGCCCCGCGGCGCGGGGAGGAGCCGACGGCUCAGACCACGCGGAGCCGCAGCCGCGGUAAAGGAGAAGAACCCCCGCGGCGCGGGGAAGAGCGGCGGCGCUCGCCGGCGGAGCCAGCGGAGCCGGCGGAGCCAGCGAGGGUCGAGCGAAGGGCGACGCCCCCGAAACGCACGGGGUGCGGAGACGGUGGCGGCCCAGUGUGCUUCACCCGGCGCCACCUGGGGGGUGACGGGGAGAGUAUCGAAUCCUACCCGUCGGAGCACGCGGCGCUGAAGACGGCUGACCAUUUCAUGGUCUUCACGCAGCUGGAGGUGGACCAGCUGCCGAACUCGGAGUGGAGCCUAUGGGUGUCUAACUUUCUCAGGGUGGCGUACCCUGGGGCACUGGUGCCCGGCAAAGACAGCGCCGAGGAGUUAGCGUACCGCUGGAACAACGUGGUGCACCAGGACGGCUUGAAGUACAAGCGCUGGACACUGGUGAUGGACCUGCUCAAGACUUACCCGCUGGCAGCGACGUGCUGGCAGGCGGCGGCGCAGCGGAGGCUGAUGGUCAGCAUCCCGCCGCCAGCUGCAAGCGCACGGGAUGCAAGCGCCAGAGACUCAGACUCGGAUUCGGAGUACAGUUCGGACGAAAAGCGUGCCGCGCCAGAGGUCGGCGCGAAGGCACGGGCCGAGGUUGAGCACGACGAAAGGUCCUGCUCGGCGCGGCGCGCCAGGGCGGAGGAAGACUCGGAGGGCGACGACGGGUCGUCAGGCCGACGCUCUCGCCGACCGCCUCGCGCCCGGAGCCCGUCGCCGGAGGCGCACGUCGAGGAGCACAAGGGCGGCAAAGGCUCGAAGGGUGACACGGGUAAGAAGGGCAAGGGCUCGAAGGGCUCGAAGGGCGAGAAGGGCAAGGGCACCAAGGGCGGCAAGUCUAAGAAGGGGCCUCUGCCGGGGUCGAUUCCCAGCGAAGUUCUCAACCCGAACAUCUGCCGGCUCUGCUUCAAGGAGGGGCACUGGGGCAACCAGUGCCCGGUGUACUACCAGGACGGGGCGCCGAAGGAGGGACCGGCGCCCUGGGGGAAGCCGGCCGAAGCGCCAGACACGACGGCUCCGAAGUGA